GCCGUAUAUACAUGUCGCCACUUACGCAGCGAUAGCCCCGCAUUUUAUGCGCUAGUCGGGGAGAAUCCCGUUCCAAGUCGUCGUCGGCGGCGGAGUUCUGGCGUCAACCACAGAUUCAUUUACAGGGAGAUUCCGGGAGCGGGCCAACUCGCCGCACGGAUAGACGAAAAAGACGAUUGGGGUUUCGUCUUGAAAAAAAUGAAAGCAGUUUCCAGCAUAAGGCAGUAUUAAAGCUGGCAAAGGUCGAAUAGGUUUACGGUAUUGAAUUUGGUGUUAAGUGCUGGCCACUUUAAAUGAAUCAUCUGAAACAUCGCAACAUUACUGCCUGCCGUUCCCCACCGUUCAAAGCCCCUCUAGAAAGUCAUGGCUAUUUGCAGCGUCUCCCAUAUUCACGCUCUUCUGUCUGCCCUGGUGUUGGUCAGGGGAGUCACCUGUCUCGGAGAUCAUGGUGUCCCCAAGAUCUGUAACACCGUUAACUGUCCAAACAAACACAUAGAAGUUGCUGAUGAGAUCGCUGGAACGAUCCAUCGUUAUUCGAACAAUGCUGCAAAUUUUCUAGAAGCCAAAACCCAGUCAUCGUCACCUUCCAAAGAUAUGAAUCUUAGGGGCCACGUCAACCAGGAAAAUCCUGAUGCAGUUGAAGCGACCAAAAAGCAACACCCAGGCACCCCAAAAGGACACUCCUUCCAUCACAAGUCAAAUGUCUCUGUUCUAAGAGACGGUAGAAGAUCGAAUCAACAAUUCCAAAUGCAACACCAGCAACAUUUUAACGAAUCAUCACCGGAAACAUCCCCUAAAAGUCACCAAGUUCAACAACAGAAGCAACAACAUCAUCACCAACAGCAGCAGCAAAAGAAGCAUCAACGUCAUCGGGAGAAUCUGCAAACUUCAACGACCUCAAGAGAUGCAAGCCAAAAGCACCCAGUUUUUGCAAAGCGCUCUUUCUUAAAUGCUGUAGGAAGUACCCAUGCAGUGAAUGACGGGAUGAUCUGGUCAGCAACGAUCGAAGGCGCAAUUCCACCAGGUUUGAGCGACUCGGUAACGGAAACAUGGAAGAAGAGAAUCAGACAGUUGAGGGUCGCGAGGGUGGAAGAUGCCUCCAUGGAUAAGUGCGGAAGCAGCAUGAACAGACACGUGAUCUUCAACGAUGGGACUACUGCGUGCGCUCGAUACAGGCAUCCGAUGGCCCAGUUCGUCUUGGGUGAUUUGUACUGCUACUAUCUUGCUCGAAUGCUCGACAUGCAGAACGUGCCAACGGUUGUCUUGUCCCACGUGUCCAACGACAGUUCAUCGCAGUGGUCUUCGGUCACUGCGGACAUCCGCAACGCCCGGUGGAAGAACGACACGGUCGCUAGCUUCAGUUUGUGGAUUGAUGACAUUGGAAAAUCCGACCUACCAGAGAUAAUGUAUGACAACCAGCGCAACACCAUCACCCCCUCAACUCCCGGACUCUCUGACCUCAACAUUACUCAGCUCGUGGAGCUCGCCCAGUAUAGCGACCUUGUGAUCUUUGACUACAUCACUGUUCAUCUUGACAGGAUGACAAUAAGGAAGAAUGCAGUAGAGUAUUAUCAGCAGGAUUGGCUGUAUAAGGGAGAGGUACACAACCUAGCCCAACAUAAACACAACCAAGGCCUGUGGUUUAUCGACAAUGAAAAUGGAAUAUUCAACUCUUACGUAGUCGCUUACUCCAAGACGAACAAGGGUCAAAUGCUGGGUUACCAUGAAGAGCUACUCCAUUCAUUCUGCCUAUUCAGGCAGUCAACGUUUAAGAGCGUACAUGAGCUAGCCCGCUUGGACGACCCUUUCCAGGCCCUUGACAACCUGGUCCAUGAGAACGAACCGGUUAUCGUUCAGAUGGAGCAAGAGAAGGAAUCGCUGAUGAGUGGGGUGAAGGAGCGGUUUAAAGAGCGCCUGCUUAAUGUUGUUCGAUGGAUGGAUAAUUGUCAAUCACGUUUUAGUGGUUGAUUUUAAAGGGGUGCUCCAGGCUGAAAAUGAUGAUCUGAAUGGAUGAAGUAAAAUCAGACAAACAAAACCCUGAAAAUUUCACGCAAAUCAGACAAGGAAUAAUAAGUUUCGACAUUUUAAUGUAUGCUUUAUUUUGUUGAUGCAUUUCAAAUGCAUGUCUUUCAUGAAUCUGCAAUGAGAAAGUAGAUGUCAUACCCCAACUGGUUAUUUGUUGCUGCAACUUGUAAAAUGGGAGACUCAUUUUUUACAAUGUGACAAAAUUGUGAUUUCAUAUGACA